CCAAACCUAUUUUACGAGGUGAUUCUUUCAAAUGUGAGAGUUUCAAGAGGUAUGUUUGCAAUGUUUUUGGCAAUGUUAGCCUUGGCUUGUUUCCAUUCUAUGACACCAAGCUUAGCAUUAAUGUUUGCAUCCAAGACUUUGGGUCGAGGCUCACUCUAGAUGAAAAAGUGGAUGAGAUGGUGAAUGCUUCUCACACGACUGGCUUUUUCAACAAGGACGGUGCUUGAAGUACAUUAGAAUCACAGCCGCAAAGUCAAAUGAACAUGAUCCAUUUGAUCGGAAAAUAGGUUUGGGUUGUGAAUUCACACAGAAUGCACAGCAAGCCCAAGAGGAGGCCAUCCAAGCUCGAGAUCCUUCUCCAGGAGCCACUCCUGCAGGACCACGAUGAGGAAUCGGCGAUGCCCACCAUCUCAAAUUGUGGUAAGCUCCGAAGAUCCAGGAGCGCUCCCUCCUCCGACUGUGGAGCGAUGAAGAUGAGGCCCAAGAACAUCUCCCCAGCGCCCGCGUUUGGAAUGACCACCAAAUCCUACUCUCCAGGCAAGACCGCAGCUCUCAUUCUCGCGCUCUACCUCGCCAUUGGAAUCCUCUGCUUCGUCCACGUCAGGGACGAGCUCCAUGGAACCAAGACCCUGAGCUUCGUCGACGCCUUGUACUUUUGCGUGGUCACCAUGACCACCGUCGGCUAUGGCGACUUGGUUCCAGCCACAGCGACGGCCAAGCUCAUGACGUGCCUGUUCGUCUUCGUGGGCUUCGCGAUCUUUGGAUUGCUGCUCGGCAACGCUGCAAACUAUCUGGUGGAGAAGCAGGAGAGGCUGCUGGAGAGAGCGAUCGAGAAAAGAGAGAAGUACCUCCAUCACAAGAACACCGAGAGCGAUGCAAGGAUCCGGAGAGUUCACUGCAAGGUGGCGGUGGCGGCGGGGCUGGUUCUGGUGCUGUUUGGAGCCGGGAUCUCGGUGUUGGUGAAGCUGGAGGGGAUGAGCUUCCUGGAUGCGUUCUACUGCGUGACCGUGACGGUGACGACGCUGGGCUAUGGAGAUCGCAGCUUCACGAGCGCCGGCGGGAGGAUCUUUGCGGUGGUGUGGAUCUUGAUGAGCACGGUUUGUGUUGCGCAGUUCGUCCUCUACAUCGCGGAGCUUGUCACGGAGGGAAGGCAGCAUUCGCUCACCAAGUGGAUUCUCUCCAGGAAGAUCACUUACUCGGAUUUCGAGGCGGCGGAUCUGGACGACGAUGGAGCUCUCAGCCUCACCGAGUAUAUGGUGUAUAAGCUCAAAGAGAUGGGCAAGCUCGAGAAAGAGGACUUAGAGGCGAUUGUGAGACAAUUCCAAGAGCUUGAUGUGGAUAGAUCUGGAACUAUAUCUCUACAAGACAUCAACUUAGCACAGUUUGGUAGGUAGAGAACACCUCCACUAACAUAUAUUAAUAAGAGAAAGUUUUGCCCUAAUUCUUAAA